CAAAGAUAAAAAAAAACUUUCUGGCAACUGAUGUGAUCUGAUACAUCCGAACACGAGAUUUUCCCCAACUUGUUCUGUGGCAAAAAUUAGGGUUUUGGUUUUUAGCAAUUUCGAAAUCUAGCUGUUUUGUGGGGUCAAGAUGGACGAUUACCAGGAUAUGGAGAGGUUCGGGACGGAGAACGACUUCGAGGACGGCCAGUGGAUCGGCGGCGAGUUCUACUACCGGAAGCGCAAGGAGAAGCGCACGCAGAACAAGGAUGACGUACUCUACGGUGUCUUCGCCGACUCAGCCUCCGACUCCGACGACGAUUACUCAUCCAAAAAGCGCCGCAAAGAUCGCGAUAUUUACAAGAAGUCCGACCUCACCAAGCCCGUCAGCUUCGUUUCCACCGGAAUCGUCAUGCCCACCCAGGAAAUCGACCAAAACUCCAAGCAAGAGAACAAAAACGACGACGUUUAUACGAACGACGAAGGUAAUACCGGGUUAGGGCUCGGAUUCAGCUCAUCUACCUCCGGGUUAGGUCUAGGUUUCAAUUCGAGCUCUAACGGGGUUCAAUUGGAGCGAAAUGCUAACGGUGCCAUUAACGGCGGCGACGAAAACGAUGAUGGCGAGAACAAUUUCUUGCCGACGGCGUUUGGGAGAAAGAUAAAGGAGGGGGCGAUGAGGAGAGAGAGGGAGAGAGCGGAAAGGACGAGAUUGGAUAAGGGGAAGAGAGUGAAAGAGCCAGGGUUUGUGGGUGAGACCGACGUGGGAGUGUUCGAGAAGCACACGAAGGGGAUUGGGAUGAAGUUGCUGGAGAAAAUGGGGUACAAGGGCGGUGGGCUUGGAAAGAAUGCGCAGGGCAUUGUGACCCCAAUCGAGGCAAAGUUGCGGCCGAAGAAUAUGGGCAUGGGUUUCAACGAUUAUAAGGAGGCGGAGAAGAAGUUGCCGCCUGCGCUGAAGGAGUUUGAGGAGGAGAAGAAGAAGGGGAGUGAGAGUGUGGGGAGGUUGAAGGAGAGGCGGUGGGCGAGGACGAAGAAGGAGGACAAGGCAGAGUAUGUGACGGCAGAUGAAUUGCUGGCAAGGAAGGCCGAGCAGGGGCUUAGCGAGGUGGUUCAGAAGGUUUAUGAUAUGAGGGGGCCGCAGGUGAGGGUGCUGACCAAUUUGGAGAAUUUGAAUGCGGAGGAGAAGGCUAGGGAGGACAAUGUGCCCAUGCCGGAGCUUCAGCACAAUGUGCGGCUGGUGGUGGACUUGGCGGAGCUUGAAAUAGAGAGGAUCGAUAGAGACUUAAGGCACGAGAAGGACGCGAUGGAGAGGUUGAGCAAAGAGAAGGAGAAGUUGGUGGUUGAGGCCGAGAGGCAGAAGAGGCAGUUGGAUAGUAUGGAGGAGAUAUUGGGUGUAUUGGACCGGUUGGGGGAAGAGAAUUCGAUUGGAACAUUGACGCUGGACUCGCUUGCGGAGUGUUUCGGUGACUUGCGGAGGAGAUUUGGUGAGGAUUAUAAGUUGUGUAACUUGUCCUGCAUUGCCUGCUCGUAUGCUCUGCCUUUGUUUAUUAGAGUGUUUCAGGGAUGGGACCCUCUUCAGAAUCCCUUUCAUGGGUUAGAGGUUGUGUCUUUGUGGAAGACUUUGCUGCAGGGUGAAGAUAUUAUUGAUAUCUGGGAUACUGGUUCGUCGCCUUAUACUCAAUUGGUUUCGGAAGUUGUGUUACCGGCUGUUAGAAUUUCUGGCAUCAAUACUUGGCAGGCCAGGGACCCGGAACCAAUGCUACGGUUUUUGGAAUCCUGGGAAAAGUUGUUGCCUCAUUCGGUCCUCGAAUAUAUAUUGGAUAACAUCGUGAUGCCAAAAUUGAAUGGUGCUGUGGGCUCUUGGGAACCGCUACGGGAAACUGUUCCGAUCCAUGUAUGGGUGCAUCCGUGGUUACUGUAUUUGGGUCACAAAUUGGAGGGUAUGUAUCAGAUGAUCCGUGCCAAGUUGAGUCAGAUUCUUGGUGCUUGGCACCCAAGUGAUGUGUCUGCUUAUACUAUAUUGUCACCAUGGAAGACUGUGUUUGAUUCUGCGAGUUGGGAACAGCUUAUGCGUAGAUUUAUAGUUCCAAAGUUGCAGCUUGUCCUGCAAGAGUUCCAAGUAAACCCUUUAAAUCAGAAGCUUGAUGAGUUUUAUUGGGUUAUGAACUGGGCUGCUGCUGUACCAAUUCAUCUUAUGGUUGAUAUGAUGGAGAGGUUUUUUUUCCCCAAAUGGCUACAGGUUUUGUAUCACUGGUUACGUUCGAACCCCAACUUUGAGGAGAUUACCAAGUGGUAUCUGGGUUGGAAGGAACUUCUUCCUAAGGAGCUUCUGGCUAAUGAAAGUAUCCGGUACCAGCUUAACCAAGGUCUUGAGAUGAUGGACCAGGCUGUCGAAGGGUUGGAGGUGGUCCAACCUGGUUUGAAAGAGAACAUCAGCUACUUCAGGGUACUUGAGCAAAGGCAAUUUGAGGCUCAGCAGAAAGCAGCAGCACAGCAAGCUGCUGCGACCUUCAGUAGCGUGACCCAUAUGGAUGGUAUGGGUGGUGCGGUCGACAUGAGCUUGAAAGAAGUUAUUGAGGCCCAUGCCCAACAGCAUGGGUUAUCAUUUAUUCCUAAACCUGUCCGGACGCACAAUGGUCACCAAGUCUAUGGCUUUGGUAAUGUAAGCAUAAUAGUGGACUCUCUAAAUCAAAAGGUGUAUGCCCAAACUGAUGAAGCAUGGUCCCUUGUAUCCCUUCAAGAUUUGCUGGACAAGCACAAUAGUUCUCUUACAAAGAGACGCUGAGUUUUAGAGUGCCCGUGGAGAAGUGUUAUGUUGUGAAGUUUCUCUGUGCUGAGCUGGAGCAGUGUUGUAGGUUGUAUUCAUUAUGCAUAGAUUCAGAACUCAGAGGUCAGCUUGUCCUAAUUCUUCCAGCUUGUGGUCGCCAGGAUUUUUGUCCUAAGAAUCGAUGUUGCAAAUUCAAUUUUCCUUGACAUUAGCAUAGUUUUUCAUUUUGAUUUUAUCCUCCUUUCUGGUUUUGUAAAUAUGUAUUCCCAUCAUAUGAAUGAUUAUAGGUCUUUUCACUUUA